AUAGGGUCUAGGGUAGCCCUUUCCCUGAUCGUAGAGGGUAAAUGUACUCCUGAUCCGUAUGUUUCUGGAGACCCCCGAGAGGUGAAAGGGUGCAGUGAACGCUCCCAGAGUCCCUCUGGAGCGCAGAUCACUCUUGCUGUCAAGCCACCCUCCCCUUCCUCACCCCUGCCAUAUAAGGAGAGGCAGCUGCCAGGGGCGUCCCUAGGAUCUAAAGAUAGAGGCCCUUGUCUGGGACUCCAAAAGCCACAGGGCAACUGGAGCCACCAUGGAACGAAGCUGCUGAUUCUGCCCAGAUCCAUCGGAGCCCGGGACUCCAGGUCUCUGUGACUGUGGAUGAGAGAGAGGGGCAGCACGCCCGGACCCUGUGGUACGACAGACCCAAGUAUGUUUUCAUGGAGUUUUGUGUUGAGGACAGCACCGACGUGAGUGUGCUCAUCGAGGAUCACCGCGUUGUGUUCAGCUGCAGGAACGGUGAUGGAGUGGAACUGUACAACGAGAUUGAGUUCUAUGCCAAGGUGAACUCCAAGGACUCCCAGGAUAAGCGCUCUGGUCGCUCUAUUACUUGCUUUGUGAGGAAAUGGAAGGAGAAGGUGGCUUGGCCGCGGCUCACCAAGGAGGAUAUCAAGCCCGUGUGGCUCUCUGUGGACUUUGAUAACUGGAGAGACUGGGAAGGAGAUGAUGAAGUGGAGCUGGCCCAAGUGGAGCAUUACGCAGAGCUUUUGAACAAGGUCAGCACUAAGAGACCUCCUCCUGCCAUGGAUGAUCUGGAUGAUGAGUCUGACAAUGAGGAUGCAACAACUAAUUAGCUUUCUGUGAUGGCUAGAGCUGGGGAGAAGAAGGCUUGUAGCUACCUUCUGUUCUGUGGAAAAAGCUGUGAUGGUCCUUCAUCGAAUAUUUUGUCAUACAUCAGGACUCACUGAAACCUCUGACCUUUUCCAGAAGCUUGCUUUCUUUAUUUCUUUCCUUUUUUCUUUCUUGUUUUUUCAAGACAGGAUCUCAGUAUGUAGUCCUGGCUGUCCUGGAACUCAGGACAAUCUGUAGACCAGGUUGUCCUCAAAUUCACAGAGAUCCACCUGCCCCAGCUUCCUGAGUGCUGGGAUUAAAGGUGAGCACCACCACUGCCCAGCCAGAAGCUCUUUCUUAAGGGUCCCUCUUCACACAGUAGGUCUUCCUCCUGGUCUCUCCAGUGUGGUCCUGCAUCAGAGGGGUUGUCUGCUGGGGCUUCUGACUUCCUAUUGAUUUGAGUAAGAAUCUGUGCUUGGGAUGCUGGGGCUUGGUUGUUUUUUUGUUUUUGUUUUUGUUUUUUGACACAUGUAUAUAUAUAUGGUAAAGAAAAGGCCAAAGAAGAAAGAGAUUACAAUAAAUUCUAGGAGUGAUGCCAUCUCUUUCCUUCUUUUACUUUUCCAUCUCUCUGGGAAGCCAGAGAUUCUGGCCCCUUUUGCAGUGGGAAGCUGUUGCUGGGCAGGCUCAUAUUCAAGCCAGGGGAUUUCAUCUCACCCAGAUAGAUCCCUGUCACCCCUAGACCCUUAGCUUCCUGUACAUCUCUGUGACACACGAAUAAAAAUAAAAUGUUUUUAAAAAUCCAAAUUAUCAUAAAUCAUAGAUUUAUGAGGUUUGUGUGUUAAAUUUCUCCCCUAUAAUUAAAAAAACAGUUACACGAUGAAAUAUUAUGGAUGUUGGUUUAAAGGCGCGAGCCACCACCGCCCGGCUGGAUGUUGGCUUUAAAUAAAAUAUGAACAUA